AUGGAGGCACCAAUCCGCCUCACUGUCCUCAUUUCCGGCAAUGGCUCGAAUUUACAGGCGGUAAUCGAUAAGGUCAGCGAAGGUCAACUUCCUGCCAAGAUCGUGCGAGUCAUUUCCAACCGCAAGGACGCAUACGGGCUUGAACGGGCAAAGCGAGCAGACAUUCCGACUCAGUACCACAACCUUGUGAAAUACAAGAAGCAGCAUCCUGCGACGCCGGAAGGUAUACAGGCAGCUCGGGAGGAGUACGAUGCCGAACUGGCUCGGCUGGUGCUCGCUGACUCGCCGGACCUGGUCGCGUGUUUGGGGUUCAUGCAUGUGCUAUCGCCGAAAUUCCUGGAGCCACUAGAGGCUAAGCAGUUGAAGAUUAUUAACCUUCAUCCUGCUUUGCCGGGGGCUUUUAAUGGAGCU